AUGAAAGAUUUCUCUUGUGUUUUCCUCGUCGCUCUCCUGGGCUUUAGAAGCAUUCUCACCACCGUCUCUCAAGAGUGUCCGCGGCUUUCUCUGAUGGCCAAUGUUAGGCCAAAUCCUCGGCGUGGGAUCGUGGCCGGUAAGGGAAAGGCUAAGAUCACCGUCAUGCUGGAGAGCAACGAUCCCGUGGACAACGUGGAGUUUCAGUUGAACCUGCCGGACGGGCUAUCGGUCGAGCGAACAGCCAUGCGUCCGUCCUCAAAGCCCUAUACACCGCCGCAAAUUGUUGAGGAUGCGGAUGGAGUGACAGCUAUUUCCUGGCAGGGUCUCGCUUUCACCAAACGCAAGGGGGGCAAACGCCGCUUUCGCGUCAAGGUGAAGGCUGACCAGUGUGCCCCUGAGACGCUCGCGGUGGACGCUUUCGCUUACCUAAUGAAUGCUACCGACACCUCGUGCAUCACGCCGCUGGCCAACCCCGCCAUCGUAAAAGUGCGUUACUUGAAACGCAACAAAGACGCAACGUGCGCGCCCACUCCAGCUCCUACUGUCAAUCCCACGCAGCCUUUUGUGCUCCUUGGUGAGGGCCUACGGUUCUCUCAAGGGGAGCGACUGGCCCCCUUCGAGGACCGUCGUCUUUCGCUGCACACUGAAAUCAAUAGGCAUGAAGGAAUCAUCGCCCGCUACCAUCCUCAAGAUCGACAGCUGCAAUCCAUCGACACCCCAGAAGCUUGCUAUGUAUACUGCUCGUUGAACGGGAGCGAGGAAGUACCAUUCCUCUUCAGCUGGAAUACCGUGACCAGCCAGUGCUUCUGCUGCGCCGGGGUGUGCACACCCCUCAUCGUCGAUCCUGAUUCCAACGUCGACUCCAACGGCUCCCCCAACACCGACACCUACAGCAUCGCCCAGUCCAGGACCGACUCGUACCCCUACUCAAGUACCCUCAACAACUCGAACGGCUCCCCCAACGACCGAUAUUAG